AUGAAUAUUAAUUUUGCUGUGUUUAUUUGUGUCUUAUUCAUUGUUAACGGCGUUACGCGAGCGUAUGCCGGACAUGCUUCAAGUAUAAAAUCGCAUUUCAAAGAAUCGUCGUCGUACGCACAACAGGUGCCGUGGACGCCGCCGGAACCGUCUGUAGGCGGUGUAGGGGUUAGGGGCGUCGAUGUCUCCGUAGGCGAAGCGGGGACGAUGGGCGGCGGCGGCUCGAUGGGCAUGAUGGGAGACCCAUUGCUCUUGUCGCCUUCGUCGUCACCUUCGCCUCCGGCGUUGCCCACGGACCCGCCGCCAAAGUGCAACAACGUGUCCGGCCUUUCAGCCGGCCAAGCCAAGCUGUGCCUGCUUUACGAGGAACAUUUGGCCUCCAUCAGGUACGGCGUCCAAGCGGGACUUGCCGAAUGCCGGUCGCAGUUCCUGAAUCGUCGCUGGAACUGUUCCAUGACCGCCGAGAACGUCGGUUCUCCGUUCCUCGGACCUGAUUUGCAAACAAGCAGCCGGGAGGCAGCAUUCGUGCAGGCGAUCAAAGCAGCCGGCGUUGCGCACGCCAUGGCCCGUGCCUGCAGAGACGGUCGUUUAAACACGUGCAGUUGCUCGAGAUCGGGAAGACCAAAGGAUUUGAGAAGGGAUUGGGUUUGGGGCGGUUGUGGAGAUAACAUGGAAUACGGAUACAAGUUCACUAAAGUGUUUUUGGACGUUAAGGAAAAAGAGAAACGGUGGAAAAAGGGAUCUCCGGAACAAGGUCGAAACUUGAUGAACCUGCACAACAACGAGGCUGGAAGAAGGGCAGUGCUGAAGAAGUCCAGAGUCACUUGCAAAUGCCACGGCGUUUCCGGUUCAUGCAGUUUGAUUACUUGUUGGCAGCAAUUACCGUCUAUUCGCGAGUUGGGCGAACAUCUGAAAGAAAAGUACGAAGGUGCCAUCGAGGUGAGGGCUACAAGACGAGGACGGUUACAGAUCAGGGAUCCUAGAUUCAGUCUGCCGACGGCAAGCGAUCUCGUCUACAUCGACGACUCGCCCAACUACUGCAUUAGGAACAUCACAGCCGGUUCUAUAGGUACUCAUGGCCGAGAAUGUAACCGUACAUCACAUGGAAUGGAUGGUUGCAGUUUACUAUGUUGUGGUAGGGGCUACAAUACACAACGAUUGGUCACACGCGAAAAAUGCGAAUGCAAAUUUCAUUGGUGUUGUUAUGUGCAGUGUAAGACAUGUACCCGUAAUGCUGAAGUACAUACGUGUAAAUAG